AUGUCCAAGAAAAUCAAACAUUUAGUUGUGGACACAACAGCGUUUAUUAGGGCAGCAAAUUUACAAGAUAUUGGAGAAUGCGUAUAUACAGUACAGGAGGUUAUUGAUGAAAUAACUAACGAUCGGCAGCGUAGAAAGUUAGUUGUAUUACCAUAUGAUUUGAAAGUCAAAGAUAUAUUUACAGAAAAUGUCAAAUUUAUCACAGAUUUUUCUAAGAAAACUGGUGACUACAUUAGCCUUUCAGCAACUGAUAUAAAGGUUAUGGCGCUAACAUAUCAGUUGGAAAAAGAACUUGUUGGAUCUGAUCAUCUAAAAACUGAACCCAGUAUGAGAAAAACAGUCAAUGUUACUGGGCUUCCUGGAUAUAAAGCAAAUGAAAAUAAUAAAAAAGAUAAAAUAGUUAAUUCUACAAGUGAUGUAAAAAAUAAUGAAAUUGAAAGAACUGAAAUUGAAAACGAUAAAUUAAAGAACUCAAAUGACCAAAACAGAAGUCUAAAUAAUCUAGAAGAAAAUAGUAAUGAAAUAAAAAGUGUUCAAAUAGAUGUAAAAAAUGAUGAAGAAAGUGAUGAAGAUGUUCAAUUAGCAGAAGAUAUAGCAGAGCAAAUUAAAAAUAUGGAUUUACGAGAGGGUACUGAAGUAGAUGAAUGUAUUGUAAAAGUAUCAGACCAUGAAGAUAUAGAUAGUGAAGAUGAAAGCGAAAGUGAAGAUGAUUCUGAUAGUGAUGGCGGUGACUGGAUUACACCAGGAAAUGUCUCAGAAAAGAAAAAAGAAAUGGAAGAUGGAGAAUUUGAAGAUAAAAAUGUAGAAGUAGCUUGUAUAACAUCUGACUUUGCUAUGCAGAAUGUAUUAAAACAAAUUGGCUUAAAUGUAACAUCAAUUGAUGGGAGAGUUAUUAGACAGCUCCGUACAUUUAUUUUUAGAUGCACAACUUGCUUUAAAACAACUAGUGUUAUGACUAAAUUGUUUUGUCCUAAAUGUGGACAUGCUACAUUGAAAAAAGUUUCUGUAAGUAUAGAUGAUGAUGGUAAUCAGCAUAUCCAUAUAAAUGGAAGAAAACCUUUAACAGCCAGAGGCAAAAAGUUUAGUUUACCUACACCGAGAGGUGGUCAACACUUCCAAUACCCCAUUCUUACUGAAGAUCAACACAUUCAUAAAAGGUUUGCCACAAAAUUGGCAAGAGGUAAAACUAAUGCCAUGGAUCCUGACUAUAUUGCUGGAUAUUCACCAUUUGUAAUGAAAGACGUCAAUUCCAAAUCUGCAGUGUUAGGAGUAAGAGCUGAUAAACAAGAUGUUAAGUACUGGAUGAAACAUUAUUCGAAGGGAAAGAAAAAA